AAUGGUGUGAAGGUGCCAAGUAUAACGAGCGCAUUCCCGGCGCAUACUAGCAAAGGCCACUUCACAAUACGUCCUCGGCCGAUUCUACCAAAAAGAUGCGUCUUUGUCCACUUUCUCUCUCCAACGCAACAAAAUCCUUGACAAAUUUCUCACUUCCCAACAAUUCUUAUGUAAUUUAACUGGAAUCCGGUCGUAUUAUAUACCCCAACAUUUCUCAAUUUGGUUUUUCAUUUAUUAUUCGUGUUCUCAUUACCGGGCAAAAGCUUCAAUCUUGAAUGCACCUCAACAGCAGAAAUUAAACAAUUUUCAGGUUCUUAGGAAAAUUUGAGCGUUUCUUUUGCUGGAUACUACAAGAUAAGAGUUGUUAAACUUGGUGUUUUGAGCGUGAUGGAUGAUGAAAAUGAUGUUCCUUACCGUUCCAAUACUUACGCCGCAAACGUACAAAAGCUCCCUGUCGAAAAUGCCAGCUAUUCUCGAGAUAUUGGCAAUUCGUACGGAGAAGAUGAUGACAACACUGAUGAUGGUGAGGAAGAUGAGGAGAAGGCAGUGAACGAUGUGGAUGACGAUGACGAUGAUGAUGAUGACGAUGAUGAUGAUGGAGGUAAUGGUGUUCAAAGGAUAAGUAACAAUGAUUAUGAGUAUGGAGAUGAAGAUGACAACAACGACGAUGGAAAUGGUGAUCAGCAGCGCCACCCGAAGAAGAGGAAGCUGAAGAAUCUGAUCUCAAGCUAUGAGUUUGCCCCUCGACUGCCGGCUCCUCCUCCUCCUGCCACUCCAUCGGCUCCGAAGCCGUCGUACGGGGGGCGCAAUCCGCUCACUGAUUGGACCGAGCACGAGACGUUGGUCUUACUGGACGCUUGGGGAGAUAGAUUUCUCAAGCAUGGGAGGAAGAGCCUGCGUGGCGAGGAGUGGCAAGAAGUUGCGGAGAAGGUAUCACUGGGAUCGAAAAUAGAAAGAACCGACACUCAGUGUCGAAAUCGUCUGGAUACGUUGAAGAAAAAGUACAAAAAAGAGAAGAUGAAGUUUGGGGAUUCCGGGAGUGAAUGGGUGUAUUUCAAGAAGAUUGAUGCACUACUAUCGUCAUCGCAAGUGCAGCAAGGCGGUCUUUCAUGUGGGAUCGACUCGGGGGAGUACGUAUUCAUGAACCCUAAAGUUUAUCUGAAUCGAUCGAAUGGAUUGGAUGAGAUGAGGGACAGCCCGGGAAACUCAAGCGAGGGCGAGGAAGAUGAGUCCGAGGGCCUCCCUCCCAAGAAGACGAUGGGGACUGGUAAUAUUCGAAGCAGUGCAGCUCCCUACAAGAUGUUGGCCGAUUCUUUCGAGAAAUUCAGUGAAAUAUACGAAAGGAUCGAGGAUAGUAAGAGGCAGCAGAUGGUAGAGCUAGAGAAGAUGAGGAUGGAUUUGCACAGAGAUUUGGAGAUGCAGAAAAGAGAGAUUUUAGAGAGAGGCCAUGCCGAGAUAGCUAAGAUCCGACAAGGAGAGGAUGAAGACAACGCUGAGAAUAUCAGUGGUUGAUGUGCUUGUCUUGUCUCUCUCUUGAUUAUCAUUUGGACAAGUUGCAGCAGUGUUUGUGUAAUAAAACUUAGGUUGUGAAACUAAUUAUGUUAUGUAGGUAUAUGGUGGAUCAUUAGUUUAUGAAGAUGCAUCUUCUUCAUCGUUA